GCAAAGGGGGGAAAUAAAGCUAAGUUACCUUUUUUUUUCUUGGAAUUACAAUGCAAGUGAUGAGUUGCCUGUCGUUUGUAAAUGACAAAGAGAAUGAAAGUUCUCCAUCAGUCACUGAUUUAGUACCUGGACCAGCAUCAUCACAUUCUCUACUACCAAGGCCACCUCCUCCUCCACCACCACCACCACCACCACCACCACCACCACCAGGGCUCCCGCCUCCUCCUCCACCCCCACCUACGCCAGGUUCCCAUGUUGGUCAUAAAAAACGUAUUCGCAGUUUCUUCUGGAAAACCAUCCCCGAGGAGCACAUCCGUGGAAAAACCAAUAUUUGGACUAUUAGUGCAAGGGAGCACUCUUACAGGAUCGAUACCAGUACUAUUGAGGAGCUGUUUGGACAGCAAGAUGAAGCCAAAUCUAAAUUUGGCACGGCAAACAAGAACUCAAGGUCCCCAUUUAAAAGCAACAGCCAAGAGAUUAGUAUUUUGGAUGCAAAAAGAAGCAUGAAUAUUGGAAUAUUUCUGAAACAAUUCAAAAGGUCAAAUCAAUGCAUCGUUGAAGAUAUUCGGUCAGGAAGGAGCGAGGCUUAUGGCUCUGAGAAACUGCGUGAACUUCUCAAAAUAUUACCAGAGGCAGAAGAGGCAAAGAAGUUACAAGCCUUCAAAGAUGAUGUAAACAAGCUAUCACUUGCAGAUUCAUUCAUGGUCCUGCUGCUACGAGUGCCAAGCUACGCCCUGCGAAUGGAAGCUAUGGUUCUUAAAGAAGAGUUUUCUCCUGCCUGCUUUACUCUGUACAAAGAAAUGAGAGCAAUACGAAUGGCUACAAAAGAAUUGAUGACUUGUGAGGAACUUCAUGCAAUUCUGCAUUUGGUUCUGCAGGCCGGCAAUAUCAUGAAUGCUGGAGGUCACGCAGGGAAUGCUGUGGGUUUCAAACUGUCUUCAUUGCUGAAGCUAGCAGAUACAAAGGCAAACAAGCCAGGAAUGAAUUUGCUGCACUUUGUUGUUCUGGAAGCACAAAAAAAGGAUGCAACUCUUUCGACUUUUCCUGAAAAGUUGAAGCAUGUCCAAGAGGCAGCCAGAUUGUCGGUAGACAGCAUUGAUGGUGAUCUACAGUCGCUUGUCAACAGAACAAGAUGGCUGCAAGGAAACUUAAAGCAAGACUCUGAACUCCUGCACCAAAUGGAGGAUUUCACUCAGCAAGCUUUAAGAGAAGUGGACAAAUUAGAGAAAGAGCGAACAGAAUUGCAAAGGGAGGUCAACGCUCUCAUCGACUUCUUCUGCGAAGACAAAGAAACAAUGAAAUUAGAAGAAUGUUUUAAGAUAUUUCGAGAUUUUUGUGACAGAUUCAAAAAAGCCGUCAAGGAGAACAGAGACAGAGAAAUCCAGGAACUCCGUCAACAGCAGAGGUUAAAGGAACUGGAAGAGAAACGACAUUUGUGGGCUGCUGGUGAACGAACUGUAUUUGGAAGGAGUAGCAGUGAAAAUGAUGUGGAACUGCUCAUUAAGGAUGGACUACAUGAUCUUUUGGCCUUCACACAGCAGAGAUCACAAAGCCCAGGGGGUGUAAAAAGAACAAGAAGCAGACGCAUACGUUCAUCCGGAGGCUCAGUUAUGGACAGCCAUUUACUGUCCUUUUUGCAGACUGCUAGAACAGAUGAACAGGCAAAAUCAAACAGUAUCCCUCGAUCGAUUGCACGUUGCUCUAGACAGAGGGUAGCCUGGCAAGAGAUGUCAGAAACUCGAGAAGGAAGCUUAGAUAAUGCAUACUUUGACUCAGACCGGGGCUCUCCUGACACACCUGUAAAAGACAGCCUUCAGCGCAGAGCUUCAGCUGUGCCUUACAUUACUGGGAACACAGAGACUAUUUAUACAACAAGCUUCAGUAACACAAAGAUUGAUAAUGGAAUGGGUCAGAGUGGACAUGACACCUACAAUAACGAUGAAAAUAUAAAACAGAAUAGGAAUCACAGAAAGAACACAGAGACUGCAAAUUUAAACCAGUUGACUGCAGCCAAAGAACAACUUGAGCAUCUUGAGGGUUUACAAAUUUUUAGUUAUUCCAAUUCAAAAGUAACUGACUCGAGCCAAAUGACAACUUGUGAUGAAGUUACAUUAACAGACCUAGAGUACGUCGAAGACUUGAGUUUGCAAACUCCUAAUAUAGAUGUGAGUUUGCAGACUUCUGAUACAGAUGUGAGCUUGCAGACCCUUAAUACAGAUGUGAGCUUGCAAACUCCAGAUACAGAUGUGAGCUUGCGGACCCUUAAUACAGAUGUGAGCUUGCAAACUCCAGAUACAGAUGUGAGCUUGCAGACCCUUAAUACAGAUGUGAGCUUGCAAACUCCAGAUACAGAUGUGAGCUUGCAGACUCCUGAUGCAGAUGUGAAUUUUCAGACUUCUACUGUCUAUGAUUCAAGCGUACUGCCUUCCAGUCUGGACUGGAAAAGACUUUGUUGCUCUAACUAUGAGUCUCACUGUGUUUCAAGUUCUCACUCAUCACCACAAAAGGAAAAAAUUAAAGAAAGGGCUGAAAUGUCCGAACUGAGCUCAGAUGCCAUAAAAUCACCUGCUAUCCUUGUUUCAAAUAAGGAGUGUGGAACAAUGUUUUUUGUGCUCGGAUACACAGAUGAUGCAGAUUGUUCUGGAUUCUCAGAGAAAUGUGAAAUAAAAGCUCUGUACCAGGAAAUCAAAAAAGAAUCAUGUCAAGCGUGUGAAAACCAAGAUGAUAAUAUCAGAGAUCAGACAGUGGCAUCCAAAGAUUUGGGGCAUAUGACAUGUGACUAUCUUUCCAUUCCUGUCACUAAAGAAAUAACGACACAAAACAUUUCAGCUCUUGAGGCAGCGUCUCUGAAAUUGGAUUUACCAAAGGAAAGAAAGCAGGUUUGCAAUUUAAAGCAGCCUUGUACCGUUAGAGAGAAAGACAAGGCCAGUACAAAAACAACAGUGCAUUGUUUCAGUAGUGCCAUCCACCCAAAAUCUCCAAGAGCAGCAAACCCAUCUAAUAAUGAGGAAAUAAAAAGGAUUAUGCCAAUAUCAAAGUCAACUAGAAGAUCAAAUAGUGUUAAAAAAUCAGAAACGAAAACAUUAAGCAGUGAUGAACUAAAACAGUCUCAAAAGGCCUCAGGGUCAAAUAGAUGGGACAGCUGCUCAAAGACUCCCCGUAGGUCAAGCUAUCCAGUUGCAGAUCAAAAGCCAACAAAAGGGUCCAUUCCUUUGGGUAGCUCAUCAAACAGUCUGCCAAAACGUAAAGAUUCCUUUAGAAAACCUAGUGCUAAACCAGUCCAAAAUAUCUCCAGGCCAAAACCUGAAGAAAGCACUAAAAUAUGUCGCUCAGCUACAAAUGGUCUCCCUAAGUCUAGAACAGAUGCUGGCAGAGCAACAGAACCCAUGGGAAGAAAUGGCAUAGCCAUGCCAAAUCCAACUCCUAGCUUUGCCAGAAAUACUGUGGCGUCUUCCUCUCGCCGCCAGAGAGCAGACUCCAAACGGACCCCAGAUAAGCCCCAACAAACGUCCAAGCCAACAAAGCUUACCAGAGCUGCUUCACAAAAGCAAACUUCAGCAAAGUGCAGUGGGACAAUUCACACAAAGAGCAGUGAAAACACUAACGUGAAAAGGGUAAGCAGCCAAAAAAUGUUGAGUAAGCCUCAAGAGACAAGUAAAACGCCAACUUGUAAAACACAAUUCACUUGCACAGGAAACAGCACUUUGAUAAAAUCUACAGAAAAAAAGCUUGCUCCAGCAGCAGACUCCAGUAGAAUCAGGAAAACCCCAGAAAGGAUACUGAAGUGGAAGUGAAGUCCUCUUAUCAUGUGUAGAUUAGGGCAGUCGCAAGUUAAAGGUGAUGACCCUGCAGCUCAACUUUUCAUUGGCGCAUAAUGCUGUUCCACAUCAAGUCAACCUGAUUGUGCUUGCCUGCUUGAGCUUAAGACUCCCAGCCAGAGGACCAGAAAUUGACUCCCACUGUCGACUGAUGCUCAAGCUUCUUUGUUCUUUAGCCGGCUGACGUUGGCAGGCUUCUAGAACUGUUCUCUGUGGCACUGGGAGGAAGUGGCGAAAUUGCCAGAACCAGCUCUGCCUUUCAGAAGUGCACCUACUGCCAUCCGGUGAAUAGACGCACACACAAAUGUGUUGGCAGAUCUCAUUUUUCGUGACACCAGGAAGCAGGAGUUGAAGACCUAAUGGGGGAAAUAAUAAUUAUAGAAAUUAAAUUCACAUUCAACUGAUGCCGAACCAGAACCUAGCAGCAUCUUGAUUAGUAGCAAGGUGAUUGCUAAUU